CCAGGAGAUAUUAGCGAGAAAUAUUUACCAUAUACCGUAACUUUGAGACAACGACAGAAGGCAAGAAAGUUUUGUGAAGAGGCUUACAUCAGCAGUGUAAGAAUAUUUACUGUAGAGAGUCAGAAGAAGAAUUAGUUGUGAAAUCGUGUACGUUUAGGAGCCAGAAGAAAACAGAUGAAAGUUACACAACGCUGAUUACAAUAGACUGUAAACAGAAAAUGAUCACCGAAGCAUUUUGUAAAUGCAAGGCUGGUACAUCUGGUGAAUGUGCACAUGUUCUUGCUGUAAUAAUGAAGUUAGCAGACUGGCUUAUUGAGGGGUUAGAGGAUGUACCGAUACAGCCAGCAUGUACCACUCUGCCACAACAGUGGGAUAAGCCCCGUGGACCAAAAAAUCAGCCAGAACCAGUAUCAACUAUGGUCAUAGCCAAACCAGGAAAUGCUAACAGAAAGAGGAAACCUCUCACACCUGUAUUUGAUGAUAACAGGAAAAUUUCACUUCACAGCACAGAUGUUACAUUCUUACAAUCACUUCAAAACUGUCCUUUAUCAUAUUUGUCUACAAUGCCUGAAGAGACAAUACAGACAGACUGUGGUAAACAGUACCUUGGAUCAGCUCUGGCAUAUCAGGUUCCACUCAUGCAGCCAUUAGAGCUACAGGGUCAGAAACUGAUUGUGGAGAUCUAUCAAUGCCAUUCCAGCCAAAAAUAGAAUUACCGGACCUGGCGUUAAAUAAUAGUGAUAAAUGGGCUAUUUUGGUAAAAUCUCAGGAAGAAGCAGAGGCCUUAGAAAUGUCCACCAGAGAUCAAAGCCAUUCAACAGUAUGGCAUAAAGAAAGAGAGAACAGAAUCACUGCCUCAACAUUUGGGAAUUUUAUGAUUCGUAAAGCUGAUUUAAAUGAUAAAUUUGUAAAAAAACACGAUACAGCCCAAGUCCUUCAAAUCUGUGCCCACUUCAUAUGGCAAAAAUAGUGAAAGAGUCGCCAUCAACAUGUAUCGAAAAAAAAACAAAGAAUCAUGUACAUGAAUGUGUAGUGAAUCCCCUAUUUCCAUUUCUUGGUGCAACCCCGGACGGGAAGGUCUGUCAAAAUGGACAGUCUGGUAUAUUGGAAGUUAACUGCCCCUAUACUAUCGGAGACUGGAACAUUUUAGAUGCGUUAAGGAACUUUGAAAAAAAGAAUAACUUGUUUGUUGAGGAGGUAAUGGAGAAAUAUUAUUAAAGCGCACACAUAAGUACUGGUACCAAGUACAGGGACAGCUUUUAGUAACAGGGGCAGAAUUUUGCGAUUUUGUAACUUUUACAAAGAAUGAUCUUAAUGUGGAAAGAAUUUAUCCAAAUAAAAC